GGAAAAGGGUAAAGGAGCGACUCCAGCCCGCCGCUUCCUCAACUUGGGGCUCGCUGUCUCCGGCUCCGCUCGGGUAAGGGGCUCUGCAGCGACGUGCGCGGAGAGGGGCCACCGUGGGAAACUGGCCCCAGAAGAGCCAGGGCGGACUCCUGCUUCCAAGAGUCUCCGGCUUGUCGCUCCUCACGGCCCAGUGCCCCCUCCAUCAGGUCCUCCAGCCAGAGGACAGGCAUGGCGAGGCCGGGAGGCUCCUGCCUUUGCAGCUGUUUGGCUGUGCUCUGCCUCCUCCCCUCGCUGAGCCUGGCGCAGUACGAGAGCUGGCCCCACUACCCCGAGUACUUCCAGCAGCCGGCUCCCGAGUACCACCGGCCUCAGGUGCCCUCCGACGUCACCAAAAUCCAGCUGCGCCUGGCGGGUCAGAAGAGGAAGCACAGCGAGGGGCGGGUGGAGGUGUACUACAACGGCGAGUGGGGCACCGUGUGCGACGACGACUUCUCCAUCCACGCGGCGCACGUCGUCUGCCGGGAGCUGGGAUACGUGGAGGCCAAGUCCUGGACCGCCAGCUCCUCCUAUGGCAAGGGGGAAGGCCCCAUCUGGUUGGACAAUAUCUACUGCACUGGCAAAGAGGCGACCCUUGCAGCCUGCUCCUCCAAUGGCUGGGGUGUCACCGACUGCAAGCACACAGAAGACGUGGGUGUGGUGUGCAGUGACAAAAGGAUUCCUGGGUUCAAAUUCGACAAUUCCUUGAUCAACCACAUAGAGAACCUGAACAUCCAGGUGGAAGACAUCCGCAUCCGAGCCAUCCUCUCCGCCUACCGAAAGCGCACCCCUGUGACGGAGGGCUACGUGGAAGUGAAGGACGGCAGGGCCUGGAAGCAGAUCUGCGACAAGCACUGGACGGCCAAGAAUUCCCGUGUGGUCUGCGGCAUGUUUGGCUUCCCUGGGGUGAAGACGUACAACACCAAAGUGUACAAAAUGUUUGCUGCCCGGAAGAAGCAGCGCUACUGGAGGUUCUCCAUGGACUGCACGGGCACAGAGGCCCACGUCUCCAGCUGCAAGCUGGGCCCUCGGGUGUCCCGGGACCCCGUGAAGAACAUCACCUGUGAGAAUGGGCUGCCGGCUGUGGUGAGCUGUGUGCCUGGCCAGGUCUUCAGCCCUGAUGGACCCUCAAGAUUCCGGAAAGCUUACAAGCCAGAGCAGGACCAUGUGUUUCUUCAGCAACCCCUGGUGCGGUUGAGAGGUGGUGCCAACGUCGGGGAGGGCCGCGUGGAGGUACUCAAGAAUGGAGAAUGGGGUACCAUCUGUGACGACAAGUGGGACCUGGUGUCUGCCAGCGUGGUCUGCAGAGAGCUGGGCUUUGGGAGUGCCAAAGAAGCCAUCACUGGCUCCCAGCUGGGGCAAGGGAUAGGACCCAUCCAUCUCAAUGAAAUUGAGUGCACGGGGAAUGAAAAGUCCAUCAUAGACUGCAAAUUCAAUGCUGAGUCUCAGGGCUGCAACCAUGAGGAAGAUGCUGGUGUGAGAUGUAAUAUCCCCGCCAUGGGCUUCCAGAAGAAGCUGCGCCUGAACGGGGGCCGAAACCCCUACGAGGGCCGGGUGGAGGUGCUGGUGGAGAGGAACGGGUCCCUCAUAUGGGGGACGGUGUGUGGCGAGAACUGGGGCAUUGUGGAGGCCAUGGUGGUCUGCCGGCAGCUGGGCCUGGGGUUCGCCAGCAGCGCUUUCCAGGAGACCUGGUAUUGGCACGAAAACAUCAAUGCCAAUAAAGUGGCCAUGAGCGGAGUGAAGUGCUCUGGAACGGAGCUGUCCCUGGAACACUGUCGCCAUGACGAGGAUGUGGCUUGCCCCCAGGGCGGAAUGCAGUACGGAGCUGGAGUCGCCUGCUCAGAAACCGCCCCUGACCUGGUCCUCAAUGCGGAGAUCGUCCAGCAGAGCACCUACCUGGAGGACCGACCCAUGUUCAUGCUGCAGUGCGCCAUGGAGGAGAACUGCCUCUCGGCCUCGGCCGCCCAGACCAACCCCACCUCAGGCUACCGGCGGCUGCUUCGCUUCUCCUCCCAGAUCCACAACAAUGGCCAGUCCGACUUCCGGCCCAAGAACGGCCGCCAUGCGUGGAUCUGGCAUGACUGCCACAGGCACUACCACAGCAUGGAAGUGUUCACCCACUAUGACCUCUUGAACCUCAAUGGCACCAAGGUGGCAGAGGGCCACAAAGCCAGCUUCUGCUUGGAGGACACAGAAUGUGAAGGAGAUAGCCAGAAGAGCUACGAGUGUGCCAACUUUGGUGAGCAGGGCAUCACCAUGGGCUGCUGGGACGUGUACCGCCAUGACAUCGACUGCCAGUGGGUGGACAUCACAGAUGUGCCUCCCGGAGACUACUUGUUCCAGGUUGUCAUCAACCCCAACUAUGAGGUUGCAGAAUCUGACUACACCAACAACAUCAUGAAAUGCAGGACCCGCUACGACGGCCACCGCAUCUGGAUGUACAACUGUCACAUAGGUGGUUCCUUCAGUGAAGAGACAGAAAAGAAGUUUGAACACUUCAGUGGACUCAUAAAUAACCAGCUCUCUACGCGGUAAGGCAGCCUACAUGGUCACGUGGUCACCUCCUGCCUUUGGGCCACAGCGCAUCUUCCCCAACAACUGCAGUCCGACGGACGAUCACCACACUCCCCCUCGCCUAGCCCGGCCCCGCCCCAUCUGGAUACCCUGCGGCCACAUCUCAGCUCAAGAGGAAUGGGUGUUCCUGACAUUUGCUGGGGGCUGCUGCCUGAGCCUGGGAAGGUGUCUGGGAGUGGGCCUUGUCCGCAGGGCUGUGGGAGCAGUGCCACGGGCCAUCUUGUCCGGGACCCCAGGCACACAGGUUGUCAUCAGCUUGUCCCAUCCAAACCAGUCACACCUGCCCCACACCCCACCCCAUCCCCAGUCUGACACCACCCCCAUCAGCUCACCACAGAUAAUAUGGGGCCAUUCUCUCCUCAAAUUCCAUGUCGGCAAAGCCAGUUUAUCGCCCGAGGUGGUCAGGCUGAAUCCCAUUUCUCCUCCUCUUGGGUCAUCUGCAACCAACUUGAACGUCUAGAGCUCUCUUCCAGUUAAACGAACUGCCUGUCCUCUCCUCUCUCUGUUCACGUAUAUAAAAAAUGCUGCCACAUUUUCUGAUGAAGUGAGCUCAGAGCUGGUACUUCUCCCCUACCCUCAACUCUACAUCCUAUUUUUCAAGAUACCAUUAUUAUAUUUUCACGAACUUUGAAACACAAAUUAAUUUAGUGGCAUUUAAUAUUGGGCAUCUGGGCCUUUGGAAGGAAAAACCUGCCCACCUGUGUAAGUGACUCAUGGUUCUGUUGUUCUGAUUCUGUGGGUAACUGAUUCAACGGUGCUAUAACCAGGGUCCUGGGUGACAAGGACACUCACCAAACGCCAUGUGUCAUCACAGACACUUACACAUACUUGAAACUUGGAAUAAAAGAUUUAUGAUUUGUA